CCGAUCUAUGUAUAAAAGCUACGGGAAGCGCGUAGCUGGGCAUCAUUCACCUACCGGGAACAGCUCGACGCGCACAGGUGUUCCUUCCGCACCGCACACACUCACAACUAGAGAGAAUCUCCGAGAGAGUCAACGAUUCCAGCUAACAUGAAGGUCUUCAUCUGCCUCUUGGCCACGGUCUGCGCCUGCAAUGCCACCUUCCUGUCGUUACUUGGCGGCGGCGGCGGUGGUGGCGGCGGUGGAGGAGGAGGAAGCAAGACCACAUACAAUGUGAUUGCCACGCCUAGCUCUGGAGGAGGUCACGGAGGCGGUCACGGAGGUGGUCAUGGAGGAGGUGGCGGUGGACAUGGAUAUGCCCAUGGUCAUGGCUACUCGCAUGGCGGCGGCGGAGGCGGUGGCUCAGCCCAGAUCAUUAAAGUCAUUCUGCAGGAGGGGCAAGGCUACAGCAAUGCUGGUGGAUCAGCAGGUGGCAUCGUGGCCGGUGGACACAGCUAUGGACAUGAUCACGGUCACAGCCACAGCCACAGUCACGGUCACGGCUCCUAUGGCGGUCAGCAGGAGCAAGUCUUUAAAGUCAUCGAGCAAGCUCCAGCUCCAGUGGCUUACCACGCAGUAAGCGGCGGUGGCUACUCCUAUGACCAGGGUCACUCAUCCCACUCCUAUGGACAAUCGUAUGCUUCUGGUCAUGGCUAUGGCGGCUCCUCAUCCUACGAUGUGCAGCAGUUCAACGCAAUUCUGCCACAGAUUCUGCAGUUGGUGCUGCAAGAGGAUGCCUUCGGCGGCGGUGGCGGCGGUUCAGCUGGUGUGGGCGCCAUCAAUGGCCAGCUGAUCAAUGCAUACGGCAGCAAGGGCAAUGCCAUCAUCAUGAAGGCCGACCAGGCUCAGGGUGCCUUCUUCAAGAGCGGCCACGUUGUGCAGCGUGGAACACUGAAGGUGAUGCGCGUCCAGGACAAUCAGCAGCAGCAGCAGCAACAUGUGCAGGCUGGCGCUGCUGCCAGUGGCUGGAACAAUGGCGGCGGUUCCUCUCAUGGCGGUAGUGGCUGGAGCAGCGGUGGCGGUUCCUCCCAUGGCGGCAGUGGCUGGAGCAGCGGUGGCUCCCCCGCGCCCAGCGCUGGCUGGAGCAGCGGUGGUCCACCUUCUUCUGCCUGGUAGUGGCACCAGUGGCACCAGUGGCACCGCUACCAGCUUAGUUAGCUAGACCAAAUUAAUACUUUUUUUUUAUCAACUAUAAAUUUAUCUAUUUUAUAUUAUUUUUUUUCAUAGGCUAGUCCUUCUCGCACAGUCAUUGCUUUGUGACCAAAGUACAAACAAAAAAGAAAAAAGAAAAGAAAAACCCCCAU